AUAUAUGAGAGGAGGUUAAUCGGAUACUAUUUGAUUUGAUGAUUGGAGUGAGAGUUGAGUGAGUAAACGAAAUUGAGGAUGACAGUUGAGAAGGAACAGAAGAAGCAAGUCAAUCUGUUCUACUCCAUCGAUUGUCAAGACCUUGCCCACAACAUCGCUCAUCACUGUAACCACAUCAUUCUCCAUAAUAUCAAAUGGAGGUCUUUUCCUGACGGGUUUCCAAAUAUAUAUAUAAACAACGCAGAAGAGCUCCGAGGUCAGCAUGUUGCUUUUUUGGCCUCUUUCAGCUCCCCAGCACACGUGUGUGAGCAACUUUCUGUCAUAUAUGCACUCCCUCGUCUCUUUGUUGCUUCCUUCACAUUGGUGUUGCCUUUCUUUCCAACUGGUUCCUUUGAAAGAAUGGAAGAGGAAGGAGAUGUAGCCACUGCCUUCACCCUUGCAAGGAUGCUAUCUAAUAUUCCAAUUUCAAGAGGUGGACCAACUAGUUUAGUCAUAUAUGACAUUCAUGCCUUGCAGGAGAGGUUUUAUUUUGGAGAUGAGGUUUUGCCCUUGUUUGAGACUGGCAUUCCUCUCUUAAAACAUCGCUUGAGUCAACUUCCUGACACUGAAAAUAUAGCUAUAGCUUUUCCAGAUGAUGGUGCUUGGAAGCGAUUCCACAAGCAGUUUGAUAAUUUUCCUGUGGUGGUAUGUACAAAGGUUCGUGAAGGUGAUAAGAGAAUUGUUCAGCUCAAGGAAGGCAAUGCCACCGGUCGUCAUGUAGUCAUUGUUGAUGAUUUGGUCCAAUCUGGAGGCACCCUGAUUGAGUGUCAGAAAGUUUUAGUGGCUCAUGGUGCAGCAAAGGUGAGUGCCUAUGUCACCCAUGGAGCAUUCCCUAAUCAAUCGUGGGAACGGUUCAUUCAUAAAGAUGAUGGCUUGAAAAAGGCAUUUACCAACUUCUGGAUCACAGAUUCUUGCCCACUUACUGUGAAAGCUAUAGAAAAUAAGGCUCCUUUUGAAAUAUUGAGUCUAGCAGGAUCUAUUGCCAAUGCUCUACAAAUUUGAAGGCAAACAUUACUCUAGGGGAAAAUCAUGGAACUAAAUCAACCGCAAUGUUUAGCACUUCUAAUAUUACAGAGGAAAAUUCUGCUAUUAAAAUAUUUCCCAUGCAUAGUCUCUGUCAAGUCGUUGACAUCCACUCAUUUCUGCUAUAUUGCUAUAUGAGCUUAGCUCAGUGGAAUCUGGAGAGGAAUGUAUGUUGAACAAAUUUGUGUGUUUUUGUUAGUCCUUUAAGAUCCGUUGCACACAUUUCAAUAAACUAAACGUGAAAGGGAAAAAAUGAUGGAUUUAUCUUGAAUGUGAUUUUAAACGAUA